AUCGACGGCGGCGGCAGCGGCGAUCAUCACAUGAUUUUUGACGUUGUAGCGCUGCUGCACCGUUCGUUUCGAACAUGGCCGCGGUGGGAUGCGAAGCGAAGGAGGGCACCUCGGCGGACCUGUUGAAAACGCCGGUGUUGUCGAGCGAGGCCGUCAGCGCAAUCCAGCGGGAUGAGGACUCUGGUAUACCGUUGCAGACGCCGUGGACCUUUUGGCUCGACAAAGCUAUUCCUGGCACAACCACGGAGGAAUACAAAAACAACUUGCAGAAGAUAUAUACCGUAAAUACUGUGCAAACUUUUUGGGCAGUCUUCAAUAACAUACCAAAUGCCGGGAAAAUGCAGGUUAGAUACAGUUAUCAUUUAAUGAGAGACAACAGAUACCCUUUAUGGGAAGACAAGUUGAAUCAAAAGGGUGGUACCUGGAGAUUGAAGUGCCAUAAAUCUGAUACCGAACGUGUCUGGCAAGAAGUGGUGCUCGCAGCUAUCGGAGAACAGUUUGCCUCGGACAUAGCGCAGGACGAUGAAAUUUGCGGGGUGACUGUAUCUAUUCGUGAAAAGGAGGACCUCAUUCAAAUUUGGAAUAUAAACGCUGAUUUAAUAUCAAAAGCUACGGUCUUAUCCAAAGUUCACUCUCUAGUGCCUAACGUAAACUUCCUGGGAGAGUUUUAUAAGUCUCAUAAGUCACAUCACGCGUACGGAAGACGUUAAACAUACAGCUACAUUGUGAUGAAGAUUUUAUUAACUCGUUAAAAAUAUCUAUAUUAUAAGAUUAUGACAAUAACGAACAUAUUUUUAUGUGAUCUAUAAAUAACUAAUGUUUGUAUUAUCAUUGCGAACAAAGUCCUUUCUGUAAAACUAAGAGCACAAAUGUUGAAGGGAGAAAGAGAGAGUUAUUAUAUAUAUAGAUAUAUAUGUGUUUUAAAAGUUUGUUACUUGUGAAUUUUGUUCAAUGCGUUGUUUACAUACUGGAUUCGAUAUCUUUGCGAAUCGAAUUGCUGUUGUAACAGUUUUACAACUGCGAAAUAUAUUUUUAUAUUUACUGUGUAUA